AUGGAGGGAAGGAGGAAGGUCGGAUCUUCGUGGGCGGCCUGUCGUGGCAAACGGACGAGCGCAAGCUUCAGGACGCCUUUGGCCGCUUCGGCAAGGUCGUCGACGCCCAGUUUUGGGAAGACAAACUGGGUUCACCUAGGAGAUCAGCUAACCAGCAGCUCAGACUUCCACUGUUGUUACCAUGGAAAUGCUAGUCGUUUGCCUUUAGGUUUGUGCAUUGGUUUAGAUGAUCUGAUCAUGCUGGAGAGACACACUAACCGCCACAGGGGCUUUGGCUUCGUGACAUUUGAAGAUCGGAGGGCAGUUGACAGCGCUAUCAAAGAGAUGCAUGGCGAAGAGUUAGAUGGUCGGACCAUCUCAGUGAACAAGGCUGAGCCUAAGAUGAAUACAGAUGACACAAGGUAUGACAGUGGUGGUGGACGAGGAGAGUAUCGUGGUGGUAGAGGUGAUGGUCCACCCCCUGGCAAUUGCUUUGAGUGUGGUCGUCCUGGUCAUUGGGUCCGUGACUGCCCUAGCACUGCUGGUGUCCGUUCUGGCAGAUUCUUGUCCAAGUUCAGUGGUGGCAGUGGUGGUGGCAGGGGAGACCGCUUUUCUGGAUCAGACAGGUUUGGUGAUCGUUACAUGGAUGAUCGUUAUGAUGGUGGUCGUUAUGGGUACCGUGAUCAAGUUGAUGCAAGGGACAGGUAUGCUGGGGGCCGAGACCGUUAUGUCAAUGAUCGCUACCCACCUGGUGGCGAUCACUUUGGUGGAGACAGGUAUGGAGGUGGCCCAGAUCGUUACGCGCCAAGUAGUUAUGGUAGGGAGCGAGAAAGAAGCUACGAGAGAGAUGGAGUUCGUGGUGGUGGCGGCGGCGGCGGCUAUGAUAGGAGUGGCCCAAGGGGUGGUGGUGGCUAUGACAGGGAUGGCCCUAGAGGUGGCGGGGGUGGUGGCUAUGACAGGGAUGGUCCACGUGGUGGUGUCGCUGAUCGUUAUGGCGGUGGAGGACCUGCACGCUAUGAUGGAGGAAGUUACAGGGAUAGGCCUGGGCCAUAUGAUCGCCCUGGCAGGGGAGGAGGACGUUUUGAUGAUCGCUACUGA